AUGGGGGAGCUACAGAAAGCCAUUGGAAGAGAUGCUGCCUCUUACCAGCAAAGCUCUUUGAUCCCACUGUCCCAGCCAAUCUUGCCUUCUCCAGGCUUUUGGGCAAGGGACAAAGCAGAAAAUGUUGCAAAGGGGUCUGGAUCUUGGCACCAGGAUCGGGUGCAGGGAUUCAGGGUCCAGACCACUGACAAGCAUAAGGGGAAUGCAGAGACAAGGAUGGGAAAAACAACAUCAUCUUUUAGUGGGACAAGGACAGAUGGAUUAGAACAGGAAUUGGAAGAGAAACCUAGAAGAGGCACAGGGGUGCGUGAAUACACCUCUGUCCUCACUGUGCCCAACGGAGGCCACUGGGGCAAGUGGGGCAGCCGGCAGUUUUGCCAUCAUGGCUAUGCCAAUGGAUUUGCUCUGAAGGUGGAGCCCGACCAGUUUGGAAGAGAUGACACUGCUCUGAAUGGCAUUCGCCUACAUUGUCAGGAUGACUCCAUAACCAUUGAGUCCAUGGUGGGGGAGUGGGGUUCCUGGACCAGCUUUCAAGUUUGUCCUGGAGGCUACCUGAUCUCCUUUUCACUGAGAACAGAGAAGUCCCAAAGAGCAGGUGAUGACACAGCAGCCAACAACAUCCAGUUCAGAUGCUCAGACGAAGCUGUGCUGGUAGGUGAUGGACUAUCAUGGGGAAGCUUUGGCCCAUGGACCAACAGCUGCAAGAUAUGUGGUCUCCAGACCAAGGUAGAGCCUCCACAGGGACUUCAGGAUGACACAGCACUCAACAAUGUGAAGUUCUUCUGCUGCAAAUGAGCACUUGCUCCACCUUCAUCACUCCCUGCACAUCCCAUAUCCCACAGCAAGUGAAGUGUCAGUAAAGCUUUGCUCUUGCUUUAUCCUGGGACAUGCCUGUGAUGUUUUGACUGUUUGCAUCUUGCUGUUCUGGCCAAUGCCUUAGAGGAUGAUGUCCUUUACAGCUAUUGCUACAUUAGCAUAGCCAAAUCAUUGCAUCAUGUACUGCCGAUAUGCUGCUGUGAAAAUGCUCAGUCUCUAGCAAUUGCUCAGAGCUGACAGAUUUCUCAGCUUUCUUCUUUUCUAACUGGCAAGUUUCUUUGAGGUUUGGUCUGCUCAUUUUUCCCUUAUUUGAAAUAAUACUUGAUCUGUCGAUAUGACAAACAGGGAAGAGUGGGUAUUUGAGUCUAUUUGAAGUUUCUGACCAAAGCCAAAAUGAGUAAUGAGACACAAAUGGGGUGAAACAGAAGUUUGGGUGGGCUCAUAAGAAGCAUCAAAGGUUUGCUGUCGUUGCCCACUCCUAGCUUGAAUUGCCUCAAGAUUUGUACAUGCU